AUGGUUGCAAUGAGGAAGCCUGCAGGCUAUGGUGAGAAGAAAAGCACAAAGAAAAGAGUUGGGUGUGAAAAGAAAUUCACUAACAAGGGGGCUUGGUCCAAGCAAGAAGACCAGAAGCUCAUUGAUUAUAUCCAAAAGCAUGGUGAAGGUUGCUGGAGCUCACUUCCUCAGUCUGCAGGCUUGCUUCGUUGCGGGAAAAGUUGCCGGCUGAGAUGGGUGAACUACCUAAAGCCUGAUGUUAAGCGUGGGAACUUUGGGGAAGACGAAGAGGACCUCAUCAUUAAGCUCCAUGCGCUUCUUGGAAACAGGUGGUCAUUGAUAGCGGGAAGAUUGCCCGGAAGGACAGACAAUGAAGUAAAGAACUAUUGGAAUUCUCAUCUAAAGAAAAAGCUAAUGCGGAUGGGCAUUGAUCCUAAUAACCAUCGCCUCGGAGAAAGGGCUUCGGGUACUAGCAAAUCAUUUGAAUCCAGGGACCAGACAAGCAAUCCUCUAAUCUCAGCUGCCGAUAAUAAUGCAGUCUUGGAUUCUACAUGUGGCUCAGCGAGCAAGACAACAAGCAGUUUGCCUGACCUAAACCUUAAUCUCAAUGUGGGGGCUCCAUCAGUAGAUGAACAAAUGCAGCUAACUGGGGCAAAUAGUCAUAAGGAACUUGAACCUGCUCCCUUUACAACUCUACUUCUUUUUGGAUGA